AUGUUUAAUAAAAGAAAGAUUCAAAAAAAAGAUGAUGUUUUAAAUGGCAUUUAAAUUAAUGAAUAAGAAGAAAUAAAAGAACCUUAAAUUUAAAAGAAAAAUAAAAUUGAACAAACAGAUAAAUAAAUUAUAUUACCACUAUUAGAAGAAACUAAAUAUAAAGCAGGUUUUGUAUUAUAAAACUAAAAUAACUUUGCUGUUGAAAAAAUUGCACCUGAAUCAAAACCAUAUUAAAAUGAAAUUGCUGAAACCCUUUAAAGAUUAAAAUCUAUUCAUUCUAUUGAUGAUGUCAAAAAAGGAUAAGUAUUACCUCCAAAGAAAAAUAAUUCAUUGAAUGCUCCUAUUGCCAUGCCAUCAAAUGUUAAAUUUUCAUGCACUUUUGAUUUUAAUCCAAUGUUAUGUAAAGAUUAUCAUGAUACUGGUUAUUGUACAUUUGGAGAUUCUUGUAUUUACAUUCAUGAUAGAGGUGACUAUAAAUCAGGAUGGGAAUAAGAAAAGGAAUAUUAAGAACAAUUAAAAACAAGAAGAAUGGGUAAAUAAGAAAAAGAAGAUCUUGAAUUUAAAUAAAAAUUAGAAGAAUAUUCAUUUCCUGAAACCUGUAGUAUUUGUUAAUAAUAAUUAAAUAAACCUGUUCAAACUAAAUGUAAUCAUUUCUUUUGUGAGAAAUGUGUUAUUACUUAAAAAAAGUGUCCUGAAUGUGGAAAACCUACAGAUGGAAUUUUCCAUUCUGGUGUCAAAAUUAUCUAAGAAUUAAAAAAUAAAAGAGAUAAAUUUAUUGCAGAAUAUAAAUAAUAAGAAACUAAAAAAUAAUAAAGAUUAAGUGAAUGUGAUUGGAUGAUUUGA